ACGUCUGCCAAAGCUGCAUGCUGAUUGGCUUAGUUACAUAGUAGUGUUAAAUUUGAAAAGGCUCUAACUGCUGAACUGAGGGCGACGGUAAAACAGAGGGAGAGGAUUUUGAAAGUCACUUUACGUUUUGUUUUGAGUCAUCAUGGCACCCAAAAAGCGAACCCAGCAUACAAAAAACAAGAAGAAUCCCAAGACGCCCAAGCUUGAGGCUUUUCUGCUUGAUUUUGACGAUGAAGUUCAUACUAUUGUUGAAAGACUGAAGGAAAAGACCAACAACCUUCUUAAAGAUGCAGACAACCUUUACAAGACCGCUCUGAUAAAGCUGCCCAUGGCAGUGAGGAAAAUGAACUGGGUACAAUAUUGCAAUUUAGACAAGCCAAAGUCACCAGUGGAUGAUUCAAAGGUAAGGGAGGAAGCAGCCCAAGUGGAACUUGCUAUUGCUGAGAAUCAUGCGAUUCCUUCCAAGUUUGCCACAAAAGAAGCCAAAAACGGUGCAAACUCGGAAGAUGAAAACAUUGCGCCUCUCAAGUCUGCUGUGAAGAUAAAGGCACCAAAGAAGGCACCUUCAACAUCCAAGAAGGCCAGGGCUCUCUCCGUCAGCAAGCAAGGCAACACCAUCCGAAAGUCUACAAGAAAGCCUCUGAUCACCCCUGCUAGAAGUUUACUUGAGUCUUCAAUUAUUGGCGCAACGCCACUCAUCACACCACGCUUUGACCCAAGAUUGCCAAAGACUCCAGCUGUGAGAAUGGCACGGCACAAGGAGAAGCUGUACAGCAUGUCCGUUAAUGGCUCACCCAUUGCUGGGAGUGCAGAGGACAUUGUCAUUAGCGUUCCGCUUGGAAAUGGAGAGUGUAUUCAGCUGCUGGCCAAUGAGAUGGACUCUGUGGACCUAAGUCAGCUGGAUGAGAAGGCCUUACGCAGUAUCAGAAACCUGCAGAAUCGGCUCACAACUCUUUGUGGAACAUCAAAGUGAACUGACUGUACACCAGCUUUGUACCCGUAAUUUUACUACAAACCAUCAGCAUUUUAUUCUUGUCAGCCCCAUUUUAUUCCUGUAUUAUAACCUUAAGUGGCUUUUAUUCUCUCCCCACGCCCCUUAUCCUGUAUGUUAGUUUAAAUGACUGCUGUGAGCUUUUGAAUGGCACAUGUAAAUAAGAUUAGUAGUUUUGUAGUUCUCAUCAUCUUUGAUGUACCACCUUUUGUAAAUAUGACUCUUAAAAUGACCAGAUUCCACAUCUUUACUAUUUGUUUAAUUUUUUCCCUACACACUUUCUUUUAAAGGUUUGGACUGUUUUUAGACCUCUAUAUUCCACAUUUUGCAUGAUUUGUUUAGAAACAUGGAUCAGUACUGCAGCAUUGCAUAUGAAAUAGAUCCACCUUAAAAGAAUAGUUCGCCCAAUAGUAAAAAUUCUGUCAUGUACUCA